CACUCGACACUCGAUAUAUAAGUACAUAAGAAAAGUGUAUAAGUGUAUAUAAUAAGUAAAUAAGUAAAUAAGAAAAUCCUUACCAAAGUGUAUUUUUGUGUUUUGUGUGUGGUUCCGGUUUAUUUAUUUUUUUUUACGGAUUAAUUUACUAAAUAAAAACUAAAAAAUGAGCGUGUCACUUCUAACUUCUGCUGAAGAUUUAAAUGCAUUUCUCAGGUCUCCAGAAUUAUUGGUUAUACAUUUCUUUGCACCUUGGGCUGAGCAAUGUAGUCAAAUAAAUGACUUAUUCGACACUUUGGCUGUAGCAGAUGAGUACAAAAAAGCUAAAUAUGCAAAACUCGAAGCUGAAAACUUCCCUGAUGCUUCUAUCCAGUAUAAAAUCACCGCGGUACCAACAGUUGUGCUGAUUAAAAAUUCAAAACUGGUCGACAGAGUUGAUGGAGUCAAUCCUGCGUUAAUAGGAGAAAAAAUAAAAAAGCACUUAUCUAGUCCUUCGGCAGCUGAUGAAAUUUGCAAACCAGCUAGUCUGGAAGAGCGUUUGAAGCAAUUGGUAAACAAAGCUCCGUGUAUGCUGUUCAUGAAAGGUGAUCGUGUUACUCCAAGAUGUGGAUUCUCCAGGACAAUUGUUGGGCUAUUGGACUCUUUUAACACAGACUACCAAACGUUUGAUAUUCUUCAAGAUAAUGACGUGAGAGAGGGCUUGAAAAAAUUCAGUGACUGGCCAACUUACCCUCAGCUGUACAUUAAUGGUGAAUUGAUAGGAGGUCUAGAUAUUGUUAAAGAAAUGAACGAAAAUGGAGAAUUAGAAAGCAUGCUACCUAAAAAAUCCACGUAAUUUAUAAAUCAACUGCUACCACUUAAUUUCAACGAUUGAAUGUAAUUUUGGAUCAAUGAAAUAAAUAUUUGAAAAAUUUAA